ACAUUACAUCCCCAAAGAUUCUGUUCUGUUUUCCCUCACAAAUAUCACACACACACUCGUGUAGUUAUAACUUCCAUUUAUCCACUCUCUCUCUCUCUCUAUACACACAUCGCUGCAAAACUAGAGACAGCAGCAACGAACCUUUAAUGGCUUCCAUUUCAGCCACGUGUUCUCCAACUUCGCUCCAACUCCGAUUAGCCUUCAAUCCAGCCAAAUUUCCCCUUUCUCUCCACGUCCGACUGCGCAACAACAACCCUCGACUUCGACCCCUUUGCUCUGUUCAUAACGCCAAGGGCUCCGAAUGGGUCGGGUCUAAUCCUGACGGAGACGGGUUAUCGGGUUGGUCCGAUUCAUCAACUGGACAACACUCCAACCAUUCCCAGAACAAGAAGGAAUCAUACGGAGGAGUUGUGGGAGUAGGAGUGGCUGGAGUCCUUCUUUUCACAGGGAUUACCUUUGCUGCCGUAUCUCUUGGAAAACGAAAUGGUUCCACGCCGGAGCAACAAAUGAAGCCUUUGACGACACAUCAAGAGGUGCUUUUGUCUUCUGAUGACCGUGAUAAUGAUAGUACAGGACAAGUAAAUGCUGAGAACAAAUUCGAGCAAGAAAAUGGUGAAAUGGAAGGUCGUAUAGAUAGACCCCGGGAUUAUUCAUCUCCUGAGUCUGAUAAUAAUAUUCAAGGUGACUAUAGAACUGUUGAUGAUUUUGAUAUAGGAUCCGAGUUAGUAAACGAUAGUAAAACAGCCUCCAAUGAUAUUGAUGAUGCCCCUAAACAUGUAUCUGUUCAAGAAGACUCUUGGCAUGAGUCGGCUUGUGAUGACGAGUUAAUUGUUCCCAGUGAAAAUCAAAUGCAACUUCAACCUGAAAAUACUGUUGAUUCUUUUAGUGUUUAUGGAUUUAGAGAUUUUGAUAGCAACCUGGCUGUAGAUACAGCGGACUCUAAUGCCUAUCUUAAAGAAAACCUAUUUAAUGCUGAACCAGGAAACAUGCCCAAUUACAAUGGUAAGCCACUAGACCUUAAUAAUGAGCAGCGGGAUGAAAUAACCAGUUCAAGUGGGAGUAGAAAUUCUGAUAUUUCCAAAACCCCAUCUAGUUUAGGUGCUUAUAAUGAGACUGAAACUGUUAGUAUUGUGGUAAAUCCUGAGCCAAACAACACAAUUUCAGAUCCUAAGUUUUUAAGUGAAGAUGAUCAAGAAAAUAACCUAUCAGCUUCAAAGAAAGAAAACCUUGACCUGAACAAAACUCCACAUGUAUCAUAUGAGGGAAAUAAGUCAUCCUUUGAAGAACAGAGUAUCCCAGAAAAUGUCGUUUUAAGAAAAUCAGUUUUCACAUCAUCAACUGAUUCCUUGGUAGAUGAGCAGGUUAGAAAUGAGAAUAAUGAGGUUAAUAAAGUUAGAUUUGAAUCUCCAAAUUCUGGAUCCUUUUUCUCUGCUCCUGGCAUUCCUGUUUUGAUUCCAGCAGCUGUUGAUCAGGUUCAGGGACAAGCGCUAGCUGCAUUGCAAGUUUUAAAGGUCAUUGAGCCUGAUGUUCAACCUGGUGAUUUAUGCACACGUCGUGAAUAUGCUCGAUGGUUGGUAUCUGCCAGCAGUGCUCUUUCAAGGAAUACGGUUUCCAAAGUGUAUCCUGCCAUGUACAUAGACAAUGUUACUGAGCUUGCAUUUGAUGACAUCACCACCGAGGACCCUGAUUUUUCUUCCAUUCAAGGUUUGGCAGAAGCUGGACUUAUUGAAAGCAGGCUCUCAGUAAGUGAUAUACAGUUGUCCGCUGAUGAAGACAAUAGCCCUUUUUACUUCUCCCCUGAAAGCCCUUUAUCACGUCAGGAUCUUGUCAGUUGGAAAAUGGCCCUAGAGAAAAGACAGCUUCCUGAAGCUGACAGAAAGAUGCUCCACCGACUUUCUGGUUUCAUAGACGCUGAUAAGAUACAUCCUAAUGCAUGCCCCGCACUAGUAGCCGAUCUAUCUUCUGGCGAGCAGGGUAUAAUUGCUCUUGCAUUUGGUUAUACACGAUUGUUCCAGCCCGACAAACCAGUGACAAAAGCCCAAGCUGCUAUUGCCCUUGCUACUGGAGAUGCUUCUGACAUAGUCAGUGAAGAGCUUGCACGCAUUGAAGCAGAAUCUAUCGCUGAAAAUGCUGUUGCUGCACAUACUGCUUUAGUAGCUCAAGUUGAGAAAGAUAUCAAUGCCAGUUUCGAGCAGGAGCUUUUCCUAGAGAGGGGAAAAAUCAAUGCAAUUGAAAGAAUGGCAGAAGAGGCAAAACUCGAGUUGGAAACACUGAGAGCUCAGAGAGAAGAAGAUACUGUCGUCUUGGAAAAAGAACGCGCUGCUAUUGAAUCAGAAAUGGAAGUUUUCUCAAAGUUAAGGAAUGAGGUUCAGGAUCAAUUACAAAGUCUUAUGAAUAACAAGGUUGAAAUGGCGUAUGAAAAAGAGAGGAUAAAAAAGCUUCGGGAACAAGCAGAAGUUGAAAACAAUGAGAUUACCCGUUUACAAUAUGAGCUAGAGGUUGAACGCAAAGCCUUGUCCAUGGCCAGGACUUGGGCGGAGGAUGAAGCCAAACGAGUGAGAGAACAAGCAAGAGCAUUAGAGGAGGCUAGAGAUCGUUGGGAGAGGCACGGAAUCAAAGUGGUGGUUGAUGAUGACCUCCGCAAGGAGGCCUCGGCUGAAGUUACAUGGUUGAAUGCUGGGGAGCAGUACUCAACUCAAGGAUCAGUUGACAGGGCUAAAAGCUUAUUGGAGAAGCUCAAACAAAUGGGGGCAGAUGUCGAAGGAAAGUGCAGAGAAACAAUUGACAAAAUCAUCCUUAUGGUUUCCCUAUUUUUAUCAAAAUUGAAGGAAUGGACAGCAAAAGCAAAAAUGCAGGCCGAAGAAAUGCAUGAAGCUGCUAUCUCAAAGGCAGGUAAGUCGGCCAACGAGUUGCAGCACAGUGCCGUCGAAUUUGGAUUUACUGUGAAAGAAGGUGCAAAGCGAGUUGCUGGCGAUUGUAGGGAAGGAGUUGAGAAAAUCACCCAAAAGUUCACUCAUAAGUUCAAGACCUGAUCUUUCCAGCUCACUGCAUCUUUAAUUUAUUAUUUUUCAAGCUGCUGAUUAUUGACCAGAAGUGUAGUUUAUUGAGUUUCUUUUUCUUUGUGCUUCAAUAGAGACACCAGACACAGAGGCAGUGUCAUUGGCAGUUAUAACUUUCUAUAUCUGUCUUUGGAUGAUUGCAACACAUUCAUACGUUUUUGUAUAAUAAUUGAAACUAAUAGCAAUUGUAAUUGAGAAAUAAAAUAACUUGCUGUAAUUGAACAUUUUAUUUUUUUUUCU